CCAGUUUGCUGCUGAGCGAGCGAGCAAGUGUAUGCGCAAAAAAGUCUUGAGCAUCUCGGUUCUCUUUGCACCCUUUUACAUUCGCGCUUCACCUUUAUACAUUAUAUUUUGCAGCACAUUUUGCCUUACUAAUUUAAACAUGGACUCUGAACUGGAGGUACAACUGAAAAAGCUGCGCACACAGCUAAACUCAAAGGCAGCCCACCAGCAGCAGCAUGCAGCGACGCUUCUGGCCGUUGAGGAGACAAUAAAAGAGCAGCACAUGGUCGCCGAGCCGGCGAGCUACUUUGCUGCACUGCUCACCCUUUUGGAGCAGUCGGACUCGGGCUCCAAUGGCCUGACAGGUGCGAUCAUCUACCUGCUGAGCAUAAUUUUGCCGUUUGUUUCGCACAACACGCUGCGCGCCAAGUUUACAGCGAUGAUGGCGGUGCUGGCGCAGUCCCUGGAUUUGGGAUCGGCGGACGUGGCACUGCUGCGGUCAGUCAUAUCGUGUCUCGAGACGCUGUUGGCAGCGCAGGAUGCCGGAUCGUGGGGGCAGCCUAUUGCACAGGGUACUUUCAAGUCACUGCUGGCCUUGGCCACCGACAGCAAGCCUAAGAUCAGAAAGCGCGCACAGGAGGCGGUAUCAAAGCUGUUGUCCAGCCCGCCCGCACCGGCGGUCGUGCACCCGGCAGCCAGAGCCACAGCGGAGUUUGUUGUAGAGGCCCUGCUCAAUGCCAAGGCCGAAACGCCGGCGGCCAUGUACACUCUGCAGCUCAUCAAGCAGACCGACAUGCUGUGGCCUGAGGAGGCUUUUGGAGAGCUGUGCGAGGCGCUGAUGCAGCUGCCCAAGCUCAACACGCCGUACAUCACCACACUGUCGUUCCAGGCGCUCGAGUCCGUGUUUUCCAGCGCGACCGAGUCGCUCGACGAGGAUCAGUUCCGCAAUUUGCUGAUCUCCAUCAUCGACCUUAAGCCUAAUAUGAACGAUCCGCUGGCGAGUGAGGCGUGGCUAAAGAUCAUCCAGAAGGGCUACGCGUCAUAUGCCACCAUCAGCCCCGAAGCUUGCUUCCAAUCGCUGCCUGACCUCAUCGAUCUGAUGUUCCCCGAUAUUGAGAUGGGUAAGCAGUCCACCCGCGAGGUGGCCACACAGUGCAUCUGGGCGAUGAUGCGCGAGUGCAUUCCGGACAGCAAGCUUGGCUCAGCUGGCGUGGCAAAGAUCGUCAAGACCAUUUCGACGGGCCUUUCGUACCGCUACCGCGAGUCGUGGACGCUUGUUUUCCUGCUGAUCGCGGCGCUGUUCCAAAGGCUGGGCAAGUUUGCACACCCAGCGAUGGACGCUGUGCUGACCGAGGUAGCGAACAUGCGCAUGGAGCCCGAUUUUGAGCUCAAGAACGAGGCCGACGCGGUGCUUGGGGCAGCUGUCCGGGCCGUUGGUCCUCAGGCGUUCCUCGAGGUGCUGCCGCUCAACCUUGACGCGGAUCAGCGCAAGGGCGAUGUUGGCCGCGCGUGGUUGCUGCCGCUGAUGAAGGGACAUGUGCGCAACGCGCCACUGCGCUACUUUGUCGAGACGAUGCUGCCGCUGGCCGACAGCCUGGCAGCGCGGUCGCUGCAGUUUGUGACAGAGGGUCGCGAUAUUGAGGCCAAGGUGUUCAGUGCGCUGAGCCUGCAGGUCUGGGCGCUGCUUGGUGGUUUUUGCAACGUGCCUGCUGAUAUUCUCCAGGCUUUUACGCCCGAAUUUGCCGAGCGUCUGGCCAACGAGAUGCUCGAGCUGCCCGCUGCUCGGCCGGCGAUCUGCGGCGCGUUGCAGACCCUGCUGACGGCUGUUCACACCAUUGCGCACAGCGAGGCUGGCACUGGGCCGCUGACCCAGCAGCAGGCGCUGGCGGCUGAAAUGCACCUCGCGCGUUUUGCGCCGGACUAUCUCUCACAGCUGUUCAACAUUUUUGCACAGUCGCCCGGAGCCAGCCGCGGCUUCUUGAUGGACACUAUCAACACCUUCUUGACUGUUAUCACUCCGGCGGAGAUCAACGCGACCUUUGUCAAGGUGUGCACCAUGCUGGAUGAGGCGCUCAAGACGCACACGCCGCCAGCCGCCGCCGAGUUAACCGAGCGCUAUCUCGAGGCGCACCCGCCACCAAAUGCGUAUACGAUGAUGGAUCUGGCGACGGCGAUGACAGCCUACCUCGACGCUGAGCGUGCGCAGAUGCUGGUGCGCGCGGCAUUCGUUCUGGCUAAGCAGAAUGACGACGCUAUUCUGCAGAAGAAGGGCUACAAGGCGAUCAGCCGUCUUGCGGAGCAGCCCGCGGAGUCGCCUGCCCGCCAAUUGAUCGAGGAGAUCAUGACCGCGCAGCUCAUUCCGAUGCUGGUCGAGUCGGCAGAGACUGUAGCUGUUUCUUCCCGCCGCGAGCGCCUGACGCUGAUCGCAUCGCUCUCGCGCAGUCUGACUGACGAGCAGCUGCACUUUGUGCCAGCCAUGCUGUCCGAGGCCAUCCUUGGCACCAAGGAGGCCAAUGAGCGCGCGCGCAACGUUGCCUUCGAGACGCUGCUGACCAUGGGCCGGCGCAUGGCCAUGGGAGGUGUGAUCAAUAUGGCCGCUGUCACGGGCGAGGCCGCUGAGGACGAGUCGAUGGAGGUGCAGCACCAGGCGAGCAUUGAGGAGUACUUUAAGAUGACUGCCGCCGGUCUGGCCGCGCAGACCCCACACAUGAUUAGCGCCACCGUCGCUGCCAUCUCGCGCGCUCUGUUUGAGUUCCACGAGCAGCUGAGCACCAGCUUUGUCCUCGACAUCAUGAGCACUGUGCUGAUGUUUGUCGUGAACAACAACCGCGAGAUCGCCAAAGCCUCACUCGGAUUCGUCAAGAUUAUUGUUGUCAUCCUCCCCAAGGAGGUGCUGCUGCCCCACUUAGCUGAAAUUGUCAAGAGCAUUCUCAAGUGGUCGCACGAGUUCAAGAACCAGAUGCGCCUCAAGUGCCGCCACAUCCUCGACAGGCUAGUCCGCCGCCUUGGCCUGGAAACUGUGGCCAAAGUCACUCCCGAGGAGCACGUGAGGCUCGUCGCCAACAUGCGCAAGCGCCAGGAGCGGUCCAAGCGCAGCAAGGACGGCAAGAUGACUGCGGAAGACGAGGACAUCCAUGCCGAGGCUACGGCCAACGCGUCGGCGUCGGCGGCUGGCAAGAAAUCGUUUGGAAACGCCUACGAGGACGUGCUCUACGGCAGUGAGAGCGAGCUCGAUGACUCUGACGACGAUGAUGUAGGCACCAGGGGUGCUGGUUCAAAGGGGGCAAAAUCCAAGACCAAGCUUGGCCGCAAGGGCGAGGAUGCCCGCGGGCAGUCAACUGCUCCCGCCACUGGCACCGCCAACAAGGACGCCUGGAUCAAGGAGGACACGGACGGACCGCUCGACUUUUUGGAUCGCUCGGCGUUCACUCACUUUGCUACAGCUGAUCCCGCCGCUGCCAAGGUCCGCCGCACGCCCACUGCCCCCAAGAUGAAGGACGGCAAGCUUUUCUUCGACGACCCCGAGGAGGAGGCACGCAAGGCCGCUGCUAUUGCGGCCGCGUCUGCCUCUGCGGCCGCUGCUGACGACGAAGUGGAGCAGGAGGACUACUAUUUGCAGUCGCUGCAAUCCAAGGACGGGUUCUACCGCACGCCCAACCAAAAGAUCAAAUUCCACAAGCGCAAGGCCGGCGAUGACGAUAACGACGUCGAGAUGGCCAGCGAUGGCGAGGCCACCCCGCAAAAACCUGCUGCUAAGCGCGGCAAGGAUAGCAAUGGUACAGCAUUCGGGCGCGAGUUCCGGUCGAAGAAGGCCCAGGGCGAUGUCAAGCGCGGCAACAUUGAUCCGUUUGCAUACAUCCCGCUCAACCCGAAGAACAUGAAGGGCACCAUCUCCAUCAAGGGUAACUCCAAGAAGGACAAACGGGCGCGCAACGCCAAGUAGUCGCUGCUGCUAGAGUUCUUUUUGUUUUCUGAACGUCUUCACAAUAUUAUUUCAUAGUCAUCUCUGCCUAUUUAAAUUAUUCCUGACAACCAGAACAUUUUUUAUUUAAAAAAAGUAUAUUUAUGUCAACUUUCCAAACAAUUACAAGCAAC